AUGUUGCCGCGAUAUUUCACCUGUGAGAGGUCGACUUCACUAUAAUACAUCCAUGGUCGGCACUGAGAAGCUCCAACAUCAGUUUGCUAACGUGUGUAUUUCCAGACUUUUCACCGCCUGUGUGGACUCUCUGAGAGGCUCGGCCUGGUUGUAUUAAUCCCGGAGAAGAGGCGCGAAGCUCAGCUCUCGAUUUUAAUCCGCCUCCAGCUGUCGAGUGUUAAUUUCCGAGAAGUUACCCCGGGUUAAAUUAGCGAGGUUUUGUAGCACGAAGUAGGUCACACAGCUUCUUUUUGACACCAGAGCCCCGUUUCUUUCCUCCUAAAGCAGCCGAUAACGAUGGUUUUGCAGAAAAAUCUUCGUCCUCCCACCGAGGGAGUGCGGCACGAGCAAGCCGAGACCACCGCGGUGCUGGACGGCCAGAAGCUGGGCUGCGGCACGCUCUACGUCGCCGAAACGCGCCUGUCGUGGUUUGACGGCUCAGGGAUGGGUUUCGCUCUGGAGUAUCCCAACAUCAGCCUGCACGCCAUCUCCAGAGAUGUCAGCACUUACCCACAAGAACACCUGUACGUCAUGGUCAACGGCAAACUCACAGGAGAGAAUGAGGCAGAAAUGGCGGAGAAAGCAGCUGAUGACGAAGGAGAUGAGAGCAGCGACAGCAGCGGUGAUGAUGAUGAUGAUGAUGAUGAAGGAGCGAUCACAGAGAUUCGGUUUGUGCCCAGCGACAAGGUGGCAUGUGAGUGACCACACUGAGGUUGAGGGUCAGACUGACUCUAUUCUCUGUAUAUGUAUUUUUGAUUUGCUUUUUACACUGCCUGGGCUGGAGUCACACUUACAUU